AUGCUAAAGACGACAAUUAGAUUUCUGAACCGCAAUGUCCGCACAUAUGCCACGAAAAUAGCGCCAAAUGCUCCUCAAAAGUCCAAGUUCGACAAAUCAAUGGUAAAACCUGCUGUCGUUGUAAUUCUUUUCGGAUCAGUUUUGACAAACCUUAUGGAAGAACAGAAGAGCAUGUCUGAAAUGGAAAGGCGUUACCACCUGAAAAUCGACAUUUUGAAGGACAUGAUAAACAAGGUAAAAGUAGAAGGAGACUCUUCGAUAGAUAUAGCUGAGGAACUGAAACUCGUGAACAAGUCGUUCGAAAGAUUUGAAAAUUCAAAGUUGACUGAUCUCGAGAGAGAGGCGCAACGUGUAAGAGAAAGAGCAGAUAAGAACUCCUAUUCAAAAAACUCUGUAAUAAACAGCCUAAACUCGAGACUGGAGGAUGAGUCUCUAGAGGAUUUGUUUAAGGAAAUCAUGCAAGACAUUGACAGGGAGGGUGACAUCCUAGAACCUACUAUGCCGUCGCAAAGCCAUGUAAAACAAACCAAACAGUCAAAUGCAGAAGAUAUUGUAGCUAAAGGAGACAUCGUUACUAAUGCUAAACGUUUGGCUUUGGAGGCAGAAAAGGAGAAAAGGAGUUUGAGCUUCAAGCCCAGCACUGAUGCACACGUCAUAGUAGAAAACCCAGGAGAUUACAGUACUGCAGCAGAAGAGCAAAAGGUCUCAAAGUUUCUCUGA